UUUGAGUCUCUCCUCCUUCUUCAGCAGCUUCUCCAAUCGUCAUGUCGGAAACGGCUCCCGCAGAGACCGCCGCGCCGGCGCCGGUGGAGAAGUCCCCAGCCAAGAAGAAAGCGGCCAAGAAGGCGGCGGGAGGGGGCGCAGCGAAACGCAAAGCGUCCGGGCCGCCGGUGUCCGAGCUCAUCACCAAGGCUGUGGCAGCCUCCAAAGAACGCAAUGGCCUUUCCCUGGCAGCGCUCAAGAAGGCGCUGGCGGCCGCGGGCUACGACGUGGACAAGAACAACAGUCGCAUCAAGCUGGGUCUCAAGAGCCUGGUGAGCAAGGGCACCCUGGUGCAGACCAAGGGCACGGGCGCCUCAGGCUCCUUCAAGCUGAACAAGAAGGCGGCUUCUGGUGAAGCUAAGCCCAAAGCUAAGAAGGCUGGCGCGUCCAAACCCCGUAAGCCAGCAGGGUCUACCCCCAAGAAGCCCAAAAAGGCUGCAGGGGCCAAGAAACCCGUCAAGAAAACUCCUAAGAAGACGAAGAAGUCAGCGGCUGGUAGCGUGAAGAAGGUGGCUAAGAGUCCUAAAAAAACCAAGGCGGCUGCAAAGCCCAAGAAGGCAGCCAAGAGUCCGGCUAAGCCCAAGGCUGUGAAGCCUAAGGCGACCAAACCUAAAGCCGCUAAACCCAAGACAGCCAAGCCCAAGGCUGCAAAGGCUAAGAAGGCGGUUCCGAAAAAGAAGUAG